AUGGCACAUACUGCACUUGACGAGGAAGAAAUCAUCGAAUAUUUCGAUACACCGGAUGAGCUCGAGCGGAAAGUCAAAACUCUAGCAGAUUUUAUUCGAAAUGCCAAACAUUUUAUUGUCUAUACUGGAGCAGGUAUAUCGACGGCAGCUGGUAUUAAUGAUUUUCGUGGUCCUACAGGUGUUUGGACAUCACGAGCAAAAGGAGUUGCACCACCACCACGAACUGUUCAACAUCCCGAACCAACAUUGACACAUAUGGCCCUGGUCGAACUAAUGAGAAAUGGAUAUCUGAAAUUCUUAGUUUCUCAAAACUGCGAUGGCCUUCAUUUGAAAAGUGGAAUACCAACAAACAAUAUUGCUGAACUUCAUGGAAACUCGAACUGUGAAGCUUGUGCAAAAUGUGGAAAGGUCUACUAUAGGCAAACACGUGUAAAAUCAGUUACGGAUAAAACUCGUUUGACCGGAAAUAUUUGUACAACAUCAAAUUGCAAUGGACGUUUACGCAAGACAACCGUUGCAUUUUCUCAAUCGAUGCCUGAUGUUUGUAUCGAUCGAGCAACUGAAGAGUCGAAAAAAUGUGAUUUAAGUUUAUGUAUGGGAACGUCGAUGCGAGUUUCGCCUGCAUGUGAGCUUCCAUCGAUGAAAUCGAAGUCCAGAAACAAGAAGAUGGUUAUCGUUAACUUACAAAAAACACCUUACGAUGAUCAAUAUGCAUUGAGAAUAUUUGCACGGUGUGAUGAUGUCAUGAAGAUGGUCAUGGAAGAACUGAAUUUAGUGAUUCCACCUUAUACUGAUUUACAGUUAUGGUCGAAUACAGAAUGGUUGGCAGAUUUCGAACGCAAUUGGCCUUUUCGAACUGCCGGUGAAACAGACUGGUUCUCAGGAGAUAUUUAA